UGACCCGUGCUCCGCGGAGGCUCCUGGUCCUCCCCAUUGACAAACAUCCCAUCUUGCCACCCGGCGGGCAGGUAGGACUGGAAAGAAACUACAGCCCCCAGCAUGCCGCGCGCGGGGCGCAAUGCGUCGUUGCAAUGUCUUGCGCGGCUCGCUGGGAGUCGUCGUUCGCGCGUGCGCCUUUGCCUGGACUCCUCUUCCCAGAAGUCCACGGGCGUCGUCCUCCUCGUCCUCCAGGCUGCCCGCGUUCGGCCGGCGUCCGCUCGCAGUCGUCGCCAUGCUACCCGCCGCAGUCUUCCGCCGCCCCGGCCUGCGUUCCCUCGUACGCCGGGCCCGCGCCUACGCCGAUGCCGCCGCUGCUCCGGCCCCGGCUGCGGGCCCGGGACAGAUGUCCUUCACCUUCGCCUCACCCACGCAGGUGUUUUUCAACGCUGCCAACGUCCGGCAAGUGGAUGUGCCCACGCAGACAGGAGCCUUUGGCAUCCUUGCGGCCCACGUGCCCACCCUGCAGGUCCUGCGGCCAGGGCUGGUUGUUGUCCAUGCUGAGGAUGGCACCACCUCCAAAUACUUCGUGAGCAGUGGUUCUGUCACCGUGAAUGCUGAUUCCUCAGUCCAGUUGCUGGCCGAAGAGGCUGUGACGCUGGACAUGCUGGAUGUGGGGGCAGCCAAGGUGAACUUGGAGAAGGCGCAGUCGGAGCUGUCAGGGGCAGCAGAUGAGGCCUCCAGGGCUGAGAUCCAAAUCCGCAUCGAGGCCAACGAGGCCCUGGUGAAAGCUCUCGAGUAGGCAGUGCGUGGUCCUUGCCAGCAGGGAAACCGAGGCCCAGAACUGGGCAGAGGAUGUCCCGGGCAGGCUGAACCAGUUCGCGUGGGUCCAGUCUGACCGUGGGGGGUGGGGGGGUGGGGAGGAAGGUCAGCAAGCCGCCUAAAGGGAUUCUCCUGUGAAGGGAGCGGUCUUGCCAGAGAAGGCCGCCAGGGGGCAGCACGGUUCUAGCUUUCUGCCAAGAGCACGCCCCAUCAAACCCAGGGAACAGGCU